AUACCUUAACACCUUAUCGCCUGCAGGUCUCUGGUUAUUUCCCAUCGAGAGCAGUACAUGCAUCCCAAGGCCUUUAGUGUUUCUUCCGUCUUUAGUUUCAACGCCUCGUUUCACUUGCGGCUCGUCCGCUCGAUAAAAUGGCGGAGUCCCACGCUUUUAAACCCGGCGAUAUUUCCCGCCGGUCGUCCAUCUCCGAGAAUACCAGAGCGGCAGACAAGCUGAAGCAGAUGGAUCUCGAGGGCCAGAAGCAGCAGGUUGGGUCGGGUUCUGAUUCCGAGGGGGAAAUUGGUCGCCAGAUUGAAAUGGAAUCGGAGAAUUCGAUCAAAUACCGGACCUGUAGCUGGCAGAAGACUGCUGCCCUCUUGUUUUCUGAAUAUAUUUGCUUGGCGAUCAUGUCGUUUCCAUGGUCCUAUUCCGUGCUUGGCCUGGUCCCGGGUUUGAUCCUUACGGUGCUUAUGGCUCUGAUUGUGCUGUAUACCUCGUUGGUCAUUUGGAAAUUCUGCUUGCGACAUCCCCAUGUUCGCGACGUUUGCGACAUUGGCCAAAUGAUCUUUUGGGACUCCAAAGUCGUGUGGUAUCUCACUGCAGUCAUGUUCUUGUUGAACAACACCUUCAUCCAGGGCUUGCACUGCUUAGUCGGCGCCGAGUAUCUAAACACCAUCAGUGGUCACGGCACCUGCACCAUUGUGUUCUCGCUGAUCACAGCAGUUAUCUCACUGGUCUGCUCGCUCCCCCGGACCUUCAGUGCUCUGUCCAAGGUGGCAACUCUGUCAGCAUUUACCACGUUUGUCUCGGUCAUGCUCGCCGUCAUUUUCUCGGCCAUUGAGGACCAUCCGGCGGGCUACACCCCGGAGAUGGGAGAUCGCAUCGUGAAAGCGAUCCCAGUCUCUGGAACGACCUUUGUAUCAGGAAUGAGUGCGUUCCUGAAUAUCAGUUACACCUUCAUUGGGCAGAUCACACUUCCGAGCUUCAUUGCGGAAAUGAAGGAGCCCAAGGACUUCUGGAAAUCCGUCACCGCCGUCACCAUCGCCGAAAUCAUCGUGUUCAGCUUGGUCGGUGCCAUUGUGUACGCCUACACCGGUAACCAGUACAUCACAUCCCCGGCCUUCGGCUCUCUGGGAAAUGAGGUCUACAAGAAGGUGUCCUUCUCGUUCAUGAUCCCGACGUUGAUUUUCCUGGGCGUGCUGUACGCCUCGGUGUCGGCCCGUUUCAUCUUCUUCCGCAUGUUCGAGGGCACCCGCCACAAGGGCAACCACACUGUGGUCGGCUGGGCCGCCUGGACCGGCAUUCUCACCAUCCUGUGGAUCCUCGCUUUCAUCAUCGCCGAGGUGAUUCCCUUCUUUUCCGACCUGGAAUCGAUCAUGAGUUCCCUUUUCGAUUCCUUCUUCGGCUUCAUCUUCUGGGGCACCGCCUACCUGCGCAUGCGCCGGGAAGACUACGGACCCAAUUUCUACCGAAACCGUGGCCUCCGCGGCUGGAUUGGCGCAAUCAUCAACGUCAUCCUUAUUCUGGCGGGUUUCUUUUUCCUCGGACCCGGGACUUAUGCAUCCAUCGAAAGCGUAAUCAUCAGUUACAGAGAAGGCACCGUCGGAAGUCCUUUCUCGUGUGCUAACACCGGCCUUUAAUGACGUCCAUCCAGUCGGAAAGCCAAGGCAAGCGACGAACUUCUGAUCCAGCACUCUCAAAAACGAAAAAACGUUAAUGAUGAUCUUCAACGAUUUCUUUUU